GAAAGAUUGAAACAUGCAGUAGUACACGGUCGCAUACCGCUCGAUCUGCUGGAGUUCUACUUCCGGAAGAAUCAGCAGUACUACUACCUCGACGAUAAUGAUGAUUUUGAUGCAUUCCGUUUGAUCUCAACUUUUUACGAUGACUUUGACCAAACAUUCACCCUCAACGGCGAGGGUGUAUUCUGGAACGGAACCAACUGAUUUUCAAACAUACGAGAUGACGCCUGAGAUACGUAGACGACUUACAGAACGCGGCAGGAAGUACGCCUCGCUAGCGGGGUUCCAUUACAAACUUCACAGAGGACGACGGAUCAUAGUUGAUCGCUUAGCCUGGAAUACAUUCGGCUACAACCACACAGAUGAUACCUCUUUCCCGUACCCUCUUCUUCAAGACAGAAGCAAGGCCCGAGACAAUGAUAAUAUCCCGGCUGUGCCGGAAGAUGAUAUCGCUCUUCUCCCGCGAUUCAUGCCAGGUUUUGAUCUGGAACGCAAGUCGUGGGGCUUCUUCGAUGUUGAUGAAAUCGAGCCAAUAAGAUUCAAUGAAAAUGCCUGGAAGCACAUUGUGCUUGACGAAAGCUCAAAGGAUGUCAUCGAAGGAGUUGUGGGUGCAUUCGACUUCAGCAAGGAGGCCAUGGCAGAUGAAGAACAAUCGGGCUUGGUUAUACUCCUGCAUGGACCAUCAGGGACUGGCAAAACGGCGACCGUUGAAGCUAUAGCGGAACAUUUUAAACGGCCCUUGCACUCUCUCGCAGUAUGUUCCCUUCCGUUGGAUACGACCUUACUUGUGGACACGUUGACAUCCCGUCUGGAUGUAGCAAGAUCAUGGAAUGCCAUAGUAUUGAUUGAAGCUGGAGAUCUUCUCAUGCAGACUCAGAGGCACGAGCCAAUAAUGGAGGAACAAAAUCGCAUCUCGACGAUACUCGACUUCUUUGAGCGGCAUCGGUGCAUUGUAUUUGUUACUGCGAGAACUACAUGUACUGCAUACAUGUCGCAUUUUGCUAUUACUAUCCAGUAUCCUGAAUUAGAUGGCGAUUCCCGCCAAACUAUGUGGUCCAGUAUGCUCUCAGAGGAAGCAGACAAUAUAUCUCGCCGAGACAUCGAGGAGUUGUCUAGAGUUGCAGUCAACGGUCGGGCGAUGAGGAACAUUCAUACUACAGCCAAAGCACUAGCGCGUUCUCGUAAACAACCUAUAUCUCUAUACCAUUUGAAGACUGCUGCAAAAAUCCAAGGACAGGUUGAAGGUGCAGGAUAUCAUCUUUACUGGUGACCUAGUCCAGAGCCGCAAGUUUAUUAGAAUACCCUUUAACUGAACUGCAAGAAUGUAACACUUGGAUGGACAAUGUGUGUAGACUCUCGAUAGACGUAUCGUAGGGCGGUUUUUUGGAUUUCUUGAUUAUGAACGAUGUAGCAAGUGUAAUUGUCACCGAUCAGUAAAUCGC